CACACUUCCAGAGCAAGGUACUACUAUGGAGGAUGCCAUGAAAGCUUUGAAAGCCCACUUCAAUCCGAAACAGAAUGCCGUCGCUGAGCGCCAUGUUUUCAGAAAACGUGCGCAAACUCCAACCAAAUCCAUUUUGCAUUAUGUGGCCGCUUUAAGAGAUUUAGCUGCCACAUGUGACUUUGAUGACAAGCAGGAUGAAAUGAUCCGGGACCAGCUGGUUGAACAUCUACGUAGUCAGCGCAUACGUGAACGACUGCUGCUUGAAGCUGACUUGGCGUUGGAUACAGCUGUUACACUGGCCACUCAAAUAGAAGCAGCUACGGAACAAGCCAGGUUGAUUUCUACUUCCACUCCAACGGCUCCUGUUGCGGCUGUCCACAUGAAACCAUUGGCUGAUCGGAGGCAGUUCCAGAAGGCACGUCAAAAGACUCCACCUGCUCCUGCUGUACGGAAUUCUACUGCUACUUCCACUUCAUCACGUUCCUGCUAUCGCUGUGGUGCUGAUAAACAUCUUGCAAACAGCCCAAAAUGUCCUGCUGCUGGGGUUAAGUGUAAAAACUGUCAGAAGGUGGGUCAUUUUGCCCGCGUUUGCAGGUCAACCCAGACCCGCUCUGUUAACGCUGUGGAUUUGCCGGAGGUUCAAAUCCUCUAUUUGAACAAUGCUGACUCAUCUGACAGGAUCCGUUGCACAGCUACCAUUAAAACUGCUUCUACCUCAGCGCCAAUCCAGUUUACUGUGGACUCGGGCUCAUCUGUUUCUAUCAUAUCCAGGAGUGAGUAUGAGACCCAUUUCAGCAGUGAUGCUCUGCAGGCUCCAGAUGUUACUCUGGUUACAUACUCCCGCUCUCCUAUACCUGUGCUGGGAUGUCUUCCUACAGCUGUGUCACACGAUGAUGCAUGUUACACAACCAAGCUGUUUGUUGUGGACUCUGGUACCACUCUACUAGGCAUGAAUCUCAUUAAAAGACUGAGGUUGCGUUUUACUGGGACUUCUAUCGAAAAUCAGGAUGCUUGUGCCGACUCGGAGCCGGAAUUUGUUGCAAUGCUGUCUGCUGCUCUGACUGCA